ACGUCCAACGCCUAGCCAGCCCAACGCCGCCUGCAGGGCCCCCGGCUUCUGUGCCCCGGUCCCGUCUGGUGUCACUAGAUCUACCUACGGAAACGGGAGCGGCCUCUUCGCCUGUCCUGGCUCCACCUCCAGCAGCUACUGCGGCGGCUCCUCUGCUGGCUGGGGUUCCCGCCCUAUCCCAGCUCCAGCAGCCGCAGCCGGCCCCGGAGGUGUCUUCAGUAAUGCCAGCCCACCUGGAGCAGACUCUGGAGCUAGAGGGGAUCUCCCUGGAGCCGGUUUCCAGUCCCAUGGCUGCGGUCACCUCGGCGGAACCCCCGGUCUUGGCUGGAAUGGAUCAGUUGCCGCAGAUCAUCGCAGAGCUGCCGCCCCAGGGUCCCCCGCCGCUCCAUUCGCCGCAGUCAGCAGGGUCCCGGGCGGCCCCCCAGGUAGAUCCGCAGCUGCAGCUAGAGAACCAGCGAAUGAGAGAGGAGCUGGGGCAACUGCGGAGGCGCUUGCAAGCGGGGUCGGAGGUACCUGCCGCCUUGGAGCUGGAGAACCAACGGCUGCGGGACGAAGUGGACAGCCUGGUUAGGAAGCUGCAGGUCGCUGCAGAAGCCUCCAAGGCCGCCGCAGCCUUCAAUGGCAGCGGGGUGAACCCGGGUAACACCGCCAACGAGAGCCUCAUCCGGCAGCUCCGUGAAUUCAACCAGAAAAAGACGUCUGAGCUGCAGCGGAAGGCGCAGCAGUCGGAGACGCGGGCUGUCAUGGCGGAGGAACAACUGGAGCAGCUGCAGGCCUACCUAGCAAAGGCCAGCGUUGCCUAUCAGAAGGAAAUCGUGCGGCUCAGGUCCAUCAUUGGCCAGAUGGAGACGUCGAUGGGGGCGACAAAGGCAAGCGCGCUGGGGGCGUGCGGGGAUGGGUUUCGUGAGGUGGUGACGGGACUGGCACAAUGA